GGACGAUGAUGCGUCGUCCCUCAAGAGCCAAAUGAAGUGUUCCCCCACCCUCUCUCCUCCCCAAGUUGUCUCUCUCAUUCACUUUCCCGAUGGACAUUCUUCUGCCCCUCCUCCUCCUCCGACACCAAGGAAAUAACAGCGUGCGUUAAAAGCUCAAGUCAACUCGUCCAUCGGCGACAGUUCAAGCCUUUCUGUCGCUCUGCAGACCAAGACCAACUCCACGAAGCUCCGGAGCAUCAAAAGAGAGCGACGGAGUAGCGCGCUCGCUCUUUUGGUGACGCGUUUACGCACGAAAGUUACGCACUGGGAUAUACUGGAUUUAAGGAGAUAUUCGGGCAUUUUAUGGAGUAAUAGCACCUUCACCAUGGUAAAUAUAAAGCAGAUCCUGUGGCUUUAUUGUCUCUGUGAAGCAGCAAGUGCAAGCGUCGGCAACACAUUAUCAGUCAUCAGGCCAGUCACUGGAACCCUCUCCGGGAAGGUUAACCUUCCCUGUUCCUUCUCAAGUAUUUCAACCUCGUCACCAGCAAACCCAAACGCCACCGUGGGUUUUUCCAUAGACCACUUACGCAUCAAAUGGACCAAAAUAGAAGGAGACGUCGAGUCAACGGUGUUAGUGGCACAAAAUGGGGUCGUCAAGAUCGGACCCGGCUACAUGAACCGGGUAUCCGUGGCCAGUCACCCUGAAGAUGUGGGUGAUGCCUCCUUGACAAUGGUCAAGCUGCUCGCGAGCGAUGCGGGCACGUAUCGCUGUGAGGUCAUGUACGGCAUCGAGGACUCCCGCGAUACAGUUGACCUCAAUGUUGAUGGUGUGGUCUUUCACUACCGUGCCAACAUCAGCAGGUACACGUUAGACUACAACAAGGCAGUCCAGGCUUGCCACAACAUCGGCGCAAGCAUCGCUACGUACGAACAGCUGAAUGCGGCAUACGAGGACGGUUUUGAUCAGUGCGAUGCUGGCUGGAUUGCUGACCAGACCGUGAGAUACCCCAUCAUAAAACCCAGAAAGGGUUGCUAUGGCAACCUCCAUAAUAAACCUGGUGUGAGGUCAUACGGAACCAGGAAAGCCAGCGAGACUUAUGACGUAUACUGUUAUGUGGACAAACUUUACGGUGAUGUGUUCUACGCUCCCGUGUCCAAGAAAAUGUCGUUUGAGGAAGCCAAGGAUGAAUGUAAGAGGAGAAACAGCGAGCUGGCAACCACCGGCCAGCUCCACGCCGCGUGGCGACGAGGUCUCGACAGGUGUGACUACGGCUGGCUCUCAGACGGCAGCGCGCGACAUCCCGUUUCUGUACCCAAAAUUCAGUGCGGGGGAGGCCUGCUAGGGGUCCGAACCAUGUACCGCUAUCGGAACCGAACCGGAUUCCCGGAACCGACAACCCAACUGGGAGCGUACUGUUUUAAAGGAAGGAAACAGAUAGUCAACCAAACUUCUUUCGUGGACGUUUUUGUGAUCAACGACACAAGCACCACCUUCAGCUCCUCCAUCAUUCCUCUACUUGAGAGUAGUGCAGUUACUUCUGAAAUUGGAUCAGAAGUUGAAGUGGACCCAGUUCUUACAGAUCAUCCAUCUAUGUUCUCUACCAGUAUGGUUCCACCACGACCCACUCCAGCAGGCAAAGAGGAGAAGUUAUUUACCACAGUGGCUCCGACCGUAAUGGAAGACCAAGACAUCGAUGAUCUAAAACCAGUAGACCCAGACAUUGACGACUUUGUAGAUGAUAAUGUAACAUUUGUCGAAUCAAUUCCCCAUCGUGGUGACACGUUUCCAGAGCUCCACAUCACAACAGGAAACACUGACACGACAGAGUCAGUAUCCGAAGAGCCAGACGAUCACUCGGUCAUCGAGAUCAGUACGAUUGAAAGUGAGGCGGUGCUACGAGAUGCCUCUCCGAGCACAGAGCCCAUGUUUGCUGAGGGAGAAACGGAGCAAACUAUUCUCAAUUCUAAUUUCACUGACACGACAACCCGAGUUGAGAGUGAAAAAGUUUUCGGUUCGACACCAACUGACUCAGCACCACAAUUUCCAUUUUAUGAUGGCCACACUGAUGAGAUAGAGACAGGUCUACUGGUAGAGGUUCUGCCGGCUACUGUCACAAGACCAUCACAGGAUCUCAGCACAGAUGGGACGGACAUCCCUACCACCACUGUCAUCCCCACCAGGACGACUUUUAUAUGUGACACCAAGCCUGCUGGAACUGAGUUGGACAUCAGCACCAUCACCUCCUCACCACUGGAAACGACCACAGGGAACAAAGUCCUAAUACAGCAUGUCGCGACAUUAGAAGAAAGUCUAUCAGCAACCGGGACGGGUGCUCCCAUUCUUAUCGAAGACGUGACAUCAGAUGACGCGUCGACGAGUGUUUUGGAUGAGUCCGCCGAUCAGAUGUCAGAGCAAAUUGGCGAUGUCAUCACACCGGUUGAGACGACGGCAAACAUUGAUGCUGAGUUCUUCACAACCGCUCCGGCGGUUUCAACCGCAGACAGCGGCAGCAUCGCGGGGGAAACGACAGUCACAAAGGAAAAGCAGAACACAUCAGAUGAUCAGAUCCUUCAGUUGCAGAACUCUGAGUCUCCUGUCUUGCCUGACCAUUCCAACGCCUCAGGUCUCGAUGAUGAGCCUGUCCUCCAGAGCGGACACCCAGACUUAUCUCCUGCCACUGUAACUACCUCUCCAAUUGUUAGUUUUAUUAAUGGAAAAUAUGAGAUAACGCAUGAUCCGCUGAGUCCAGAGGACAAAGAAGCCCAAGGUACCCAAUUUGUGACAAAUAUGAAAAGCUUAGGAGGAAAUGAAGAAACUACCACAGAGUUGGGUAAUGGAUGGGCCAACCUUCCAGCAGAUAGCUUCACUAAAUCGAUAAGGCUCCUCUCAAGCACAGGCAAACUAAACCCAGAUGACCCUGACUCUGAUAAUAUUCCAACAAUUGAAGCAAAACUCCCUGACGGUUUUUCUGAAAUUGAAGAGGGCUCCACACAGAGCGACAAAUCUUCUGCUCCAACUGCAACUCCGGGAGACACCACAUCAUUUAAAACCACACCGAAAGUUAGCUCCGAAACCACAGACAGGAUGUUACUAACAACGACUUUUGCUCAUUUCUUACCGACUGCAUCACCAUCCGAAGCGCAACUGACCAAAAUAACAGAAGGCAACCAAAUAAUCUUAUCAGAUAAGGUAACCUUCACUGUCAUCACCACAACUACACAAAAAGAGGGAGACAAGUCCAGGGGCGCUCCCACAACUAUGAUGAGUGACUCACAAGUGACUCAGACAGACAAAACAGAGGAUCCAUCCCUUUUUACAGAUCUUCCCACAGACAGAAACAUAACUGAGGCAACAGUAGAAAUCCAAAGCGCCACUGCUUCACCAGCUGCUGAAGAUUCCACUCAAGCUUCUCUCCAGACUGUGUACAUUCCCCUGUCGAAUGAUUCCGACGGGGAAACGAGCAAUACUGAAGGAAUCUCAAAACCAAACAUAUUGCAAGUGAUGUCAACAAUUUCCUCUUUUUCUGAUAAUCCAACAUCAAUGCCAUCUUCUAGAUUUAGUUCCACCUCAAGUACACUUUCCGUUUACAGCACAGAGACUUCAACAUCGGUCACAAAUAUCCAUGAGUCUAAAAUACCCACAGGAGAAUCUUUUGGUUCUGGCAUAACAAUGAUGGCCACAGAAACACCGCCCAGCAUGGUCUCCAGGGAAUUCUCUGCUGGUUCAGAAAUUUCAGAUGCAGUUACUUUAUCCUCACUCAAAGAGGAACUUCAAUUUGUAACGGAUCAGACAAAGGAAAAACCAGUUCAGACUCCUGUUUCCGAACUGACAGAGGAAACCUCACUUCUUGGUGAUGGAUCAGGGGAUGAAAUUAGUACACCUGAAACGGAAUCAUUAUCUGUCAGCAGCUCCUUUCCAGAAGGUCUACCUUUUACUAGUGACUCACAUGAAACAAUAGAAAGCCAUAAAGCGGAAACAGAUGUGACACGGCCAACGUCAACCAAAAGUGGACCAACAAUGAGGAGUGACUUGGCUUCAGUCGGUACUACCACAUACACAGAGAAUUCUGGAAAUGCCGUUGAUGGUGGUGUGUCAGAGAUGACGACAUCUGUUUCUUCAAUGUCGCAUGAAAAAAGCCAGACUGUUGAUGCAUCCCUUACACCUGAAAACAAUUCAAUGCCCUCCAAAACAGCCAAAGCCGAGCUGACUGAGCUGUCUCAACAACUACCAGGAUCUUCUACAGUUUCAUCAUUGUUAAGCACAGGAAAAACAACUGACCUGCAUUUUGAGGAUAAAGAAACAUUUUCCACAGGUUCACCUUUGAACACUAUUGACUCCCAAGAAGAAAAUUCACAUGAAACAGCAGAAAACCAUGAACCAGACAUGACAUCAAUUACAGGCAAACCAUCCCUGGUCUCUGAUGUGACAAAACCAAUACCAACCAUCAAUGGCCCAUCAAUGAGGAGUGAAGUGGCUUCAAUCCAUACUACCACAUACACAGAGAGUUCUGGAGAUGGUACCGAUGUUUUUAGUGGCGACUCAAAGAUCAUACCGACCAAAACAUUGCAUGAUGAUCGGAUGAAAGACAGUUCGAACAAACCUCUAACAACUGCUUCAUCCCUACAUAGUACUGAAAAAACAACUGAAGUGGAUUCUGAAAUAAAAACAAGUUCAUCAACGAGUCAGGGAACUUUGGCUUUGACCCCAGUAGAUGGAGAUGGUUCAGGUGAACAGACUCAAGACAUGCUCCAUCAGACAUCUCCAAAUAUUGAUGAUGGAAUUAUGAGCAGUGUGCUGGUUGAGUCGUUACCAUCUUUCCAUCAAACAACCAUGAUGCCUGCAAUGGCAACAGACAUUGAAAGUUCCGGAGACACAAUCAAUGAGUUUUCUGGAGUGUCAGAAAUCAAAACAACUGUCUCUUCAAUGUUUAGUACAGAGACACCUGCCGUGACAUCAUCACGUAAGGAUGAAAUCUCAAGUACUGCUACAUCAUCUCUGUAUAGUCCAAAAACAACUCGUGUAUCUCAUCACAUUACAACUUCUGCUCUGACACCAGUAGAUCUCGAUGGUUCGGGUGAUGAAAGCAAAGACAUUUUCAUUCAAACAUCUUCUUCUACUCUGUCCACCACCGAGGCACUAACAAAAUCUCCCACUAGUUCAUUUGCAGUCACAAAUACCGAGAAAGAGGAGGUCAGCACUGAGCCAGUAAUCGGAUCAAGUAUAACACCUGAACCUGAAUCAUUAUCAUUAGUCAAUACCAAUUUGAAUGAAGGUUCGGGACACAACGUUGGUCCUACUAGAGAGUCCACGACUUAUUUUUCUUCAAUCUAUGGAACUGAUAACCCCGGACCAUCUACUGAGAUGCCCAGUAGAGUCACUGCAUCUCCAGAAUUGUCUUCGGUAUUCAACACAGAGACACCCACAAAGUUGUCAAUUGCUGACAAGGACAGUCUUUCCUCAUCUCUUCCUUACAUACAAGCCCAUGGAGGAAUGCCCAAUGAAACGUCAGAAAGCCAUGAAGCAAAAACAUUAUCAGUUACAGAAAAUCUGUCCACUUCUGUGACCUCUGUCUUUAAGAUCACAAUGGCAGCGUCUCCAACGGUUUCAUCCAUUAAAGUGUCUACUGUUCCGGACAUUGAUUAUGAACUUACGAGUCGUCUAACGACUACGGUUGACUCUGUUUCUUCUCUGAGUCUAUCAACCAUCCAACCUGGAGUGUCCUCGUUCUUCACUCUCAAUAACAUAGAUGGUUCUGGGGAGACCAUUGAGGACUUUACGGAAAUGACUAGUUCAGUGUUUCCUACCAAUACACCAGCAGCAACAGCAUCCAAUGGAAACGAGACAGAUACUUUGUCAAACACCUCCGUUGCCCUGUCAACCCGCUACAGUACCGAAGAACCAACAGCAGAACCUUUGAGGUCAUCUACGUCCGUACGUGGUGGAUCUAGUAUGACACCUGAAACAAAAGUCAGUACCACUGAAGGCUCAGGAGCUCUCAUUGAUGUUACUGGAGAGUCAUUCAUUUCAGUAACAACGUCCUCCUCUUCAAUGUUUAGCACUGACACCUCAUCAAUGACAGUAUCACCUUCGGAACCUGUCAGAAAAACUGAGGACUCAUCCUUACCGCUGAGGACUAUUCCGACUUUGUCAGAUAUUGAAGAAGAGAGCUCAGGUGAACAAAUAACCAGGAUGAUCGAAAAAGAUUUCUCAUCGCCUACAUCUUUCUUAUUGUAUCACACAGACAGACCAACACAAUUGCCACUUCAAGAAAAGGAGACUUCUACGAAAGAGACUUCUUUGUACAGUACAAAUCCCCUUGAGCCAGUGUCAAUUGAAACAACGCAAAGUUAUGAAACUAAGUCAUCAUCAGUUACCACGGCUGACUCUGAGAUUUCUGGAGACAGAAGUGAUGAAUCAACUGGAGAACUUGCUCCCAUGUUUGCUACAGGAACAUCGGCAAGGAGUACUCCACAUGGUGAUUCAACGAGUGACAUUUCAAACACAUUUGUUACUUCUGCACCGUCCUUUUUAAGUAGUGAGAAACCAACUCCAGUUGGAUCUGCUCUUUCAGACAUGAAUGAGGGAUCCAGCAUGAUGGUUGAGUCUAUUCCUUCCCACACUGGCUCAAUUACUAAACUUGGAAUCCAAUCAUAUGCCACUAUCACAGAUUUUGAGAGUUCUGGAGAUAGUACAGAUGGAUUUACGAAGACGUCAAUAAUGACAACUGUUUCGUCACUGUUCAGUACAGAGACACCAGCAAUGACUCCAACACGAGAAGCUCACAACAGUCAAGCCUCGACAGCAUCAGUAACACUGUCCUCCAUCCACAGUACUGAUAAACCUACUUCGGUGUUUCCAGAAACCUUUAACAUGAGUCAUACAGAGAAACCUAUGGCUACACAAAAUCCUUCAGAUAUUCCAAUCAAAUUUGAUGCCGGUCCAGAACAGGAUAGCUCAAAUGGACAAACAACAAUUUUAACAGAGAAGUCAUCUAGUUUGUCUUUUUUGCCAACUACAGACAGUGCAAUGGAACACAGCAGCCACUCAGCUGUUGUGAUUGGCACCUCUCGCCCUGAACCGACAUCUCACCCUGUCACGGAUGUCUCAUCUUUCUACAGAUUCACAGAAGCCGCUACGACUUCACUUUCAGAAUCCAUCAGUCCUACCACAGAGAAACUAUCAUCACCUGAAAUUCAAACAAGUACCGCUUUAAAACCUCAAGUGACGUCAGUGUCUUCUCUGUUUACUACUAAGAAAAUGACAUCAUCUACAGAACAGACCACCUUCUCCAAAACCACCAUCAGACCAUCAGCUACUGUUGAUGAAGAAAGUUCAGGAGAUAAUAUAUUUAGUGUUUCAGCCAAUCCUCAAGAAGGUACUCAACGCAUGAAAAUCCCAAGUCACUCUGUGUUUCCCUCAAAAGAGACUUUCACUUAUGUAGAUAUGGAGACUUCUGGGCUUUCCCCUGAAGAAGAUGAUCUGGAGAUGAGUUCAGAUGGAUCAGGUGGCUAUAUCGCCAUUGAAACGACUGAUGAGACAGAAACGCACGAGAGCACAUAUAAUUCGUCAACUCAACCGAGCAGACAGUCCACAUGGGAAUCAACCCAAGCACCUUCCAAGACUAGCAAUGAGGUUUACGUAACUGAGCUCGGGAGUGGUGUCUUCACUGAGGAUGACAAUUCGGGUUCUGAAUUUUUGGACACAUCAACAACAUCCAUACCGAUAGCAACGCCAUCUGCGCUUGACACCACUGCAAGUCAAAUCAGUUCUUCACCUAUUCUGCUUGCUGUCUCUGAGGAUACUUCAACUGAUGAGGAGUCUACAGAAAAAUCAACAAUCUUUUUACCUGAGUCACUAACAAGAUCAGAGAAUACAACAAAGGAUGGCAUACGGGAACAUUCCACAGAAAUUUGGGCUACAACAUCUCAUGAAAGGACUUCUACUGAAAGUGAAACAAUUAUCGUACCUUCCCGCCAAGAAACAACAGUACCACUGGAGAAUCCAAAAUUUGUUGUCACUGAGGAAUCUUCUCUCUUUAGCGGACCCGGGUCUACUGUGACUGCAGCACCUUCUCUCUUCAGCACAGUUAAACCGAACCUUAAAACAUCGUAUGUGAUGCCAACUGUCCAAUCAGUUGUUCCACAUGUAACUGAUGAAUUCACACCAGAUUUGAUUUUGACAAAAGGUGAGGCUUCUGGUGACCAAAUCACAGAGAGGUUCACUUCUAAGCCAUCUGUGAUUGUGAACGUUACAUUUGGAGAGGCAACAGAUGAAAGCGAAACGUUGGAUUCGGUCACUUCAACUACAGAUGAGAAGUUUUCCAAUACUGAUUUUAAAGACCAAACAUCCACCAUCGUGCUGCAUGUUUCGACACCAUCGCCCAACAAAACAAUCCUAUUUACAGAAGAUACAAGAGAUGAAGAUGAACCCUUCUCCACAGUUACCCACAGCACAGGAGAGGAAAGCCAGUCUGCUAAACUCAUCCCUAGCACUGAUAUCAUCAUUGAUGCUGAUACCAUUUCCAACGUUCCCUCUUCUUCAUUUCACCCAACCUUUCAGACAGAAGAGGCAGGAGGCCUCACACCAAUCACCAUGUUGCAACAACUGGAAGUGACCGAGGAGCCCGAGGCUUCAGGAAAUGAGGCUAUAAACUUCUUCACACCUACACAUGCAUCAGCAACCUCUCCUGAAUACUCCACAACCACGUCUGAAGCAUAUCCUGAGGAAACUGUUUUAACUUCAGAAUCUUCUAGUGCAAGCACUGAAACACUGUCAUCAUCAGCUGUAUCUGUCAAACCAAGCAAUGACGUAACACAAUCACAACCAGUUUCCUCACUUGAUACUCAUACAAUGACAGUUCUCAAGCAGAUGGAUGGUGAGGACAAAGAUACCUUCUUAACGUCAUCGCCCACAGCCGCAAGUGUGACUGACGAAACAUCACCCUCACAACUUUCUGGACAUUCAGUCACUGCUACGCCUCUCGCACAUGUGUCUACUUCACUUAUCAGUCAAGUAACUCUACAAGAGUCGAGCGGAUUUGACUCAGAUGAAGGCUCUGGAGUAGAAAAUGUGUUUGGUCUUAAAACCACGGCAACAAUAGAUCUGACAGCAUUUGAUAGAGUAACAUCACCAGCUUCGUCUCUGUUCAACACCAAGAAGCCUGAAAUCAUUCGUGCCGUUGACGAUAGUAUUACACCUUCGAGCAUUUGGUCAUCUCUCUCCGGUACCGUGAAACCAACGGCCAAUUUUGAACCCGAUGUUCCUGGCACCUCAAGUAACGAAGGACUGACAGUUUCAACAGUGAAGCCGAAACCAAUGUCACAUUUAGAUGGGUUGCCUGAACCCGGUAGUGGGGAGGAUGAAAUACUUCUAUCAACUUCACAAUCUAUUCAGUCUGCAAAACCACAGGAAGAAACUACACAGACAGAUUCCAAUUUCGUCUCAUUUAAAACCUCUCCCGAAAGCCCAAGUGAGCAAAGCCCCACGUGGGGUAGCGCAUCCAGAAAGUAUCCGGCAAGUACCCUCCCAUCUUCAUUCUUAAGCCCUACAACCCCACCAGUAGAUUUCAUUUUAGAUGUGACUGAACAAUUGUCCUCUUUGAAUUCAACAAGGGCACCAGCUACAUCUAGUGAAAGUUCAAGUUCCUCAAAGAAUGAGGAGCCUUCUGUGUCAACAGAGACAAGUCUCAUCACAUCAACAGAAGAAGAUGGUUCUGGGGUCACCAUACCGAGUGUCUACAAUGCAGACUUGGCCAGUCCAACAGGGUCAUUUUUAUAUGAAGAAACAUCUGGUUUUACAUCUACUAAGAUCCCCAUGACACAGAUGUAUUCAACCCCGUCACCUGGUAUGCCCGGAAUUUCUACUAAUACACAAUACACUGACAUAAUAAGCACACUAGAACCCAUUGAUAUAAUACAUACCAACCAACAAGGAGUGGCUACAACAAAAGCAGCAGAACACAUUUCACAAGUCCCUCUUGGAUCAAUACCUUCACAGGAAAGUAUUUUGAUACACUACGUCACAACCUUUCCUCCCCAACAAAACCCUACACCUCCCCAAGAAUCAUUGGAGCAAGCCCAGUCAGAGAUUGCUAUCACCCAUCGUUCUUAUUCCUUAGAUUUAUCACCAACUUCAGUCACCAUUCCCGUGUCCGGAAAAACGACAACCGACCUUACGGAUGAACACUUUUCAAGUGGCGCCAUGACCGAACCAACUCCUGAGAAAAAUGUCAGAGUAACCCAAGCCCCAGUUGAUAUCGUUUACGAAGAUUUCAAUAAAGAGACCCCUGAAUACGAGGAAUCAAAUCCCAACAUCGUGGAGAGCAUUCCGGAAGACAAUCAAAGUAUAAAUCCAACAGAUAUAACAAUGUACACAAAUUCAGGAUCAAAUGAAAUCCACACCGUCUUGAAGUUAGAUGCUACCACUACUGCAUCAACGGUGGAGUCAAGGAAUGUUGGAUCUACAAUUCACCCAUCGGACCGAACUUUGACCCCAGCUGAAGCUCAAAACCAGAAUCUCCUCUCAGUGGACCCCACCCAACCGGCUGACAAACUAAACAGUGACAUAGAAAAGGACACAACUUUGGUUCCAGACCAUCCCCGGGGGGACACCAUUGUAGGAGAGCCUGUUGAAAUCUCCGGUAUUGACUCAUGUGGUGAAAACAUUUGUCAGAACGGAGGUUCUUGCCUUAUGAGCGGCAGCGUGCUAGCAUGUAGCUGUGCACCGGGCUAUGGCGGCGAUCACUGUGAAAUAGACAUUGAUGAAUGUCAGUCCAACCCUUGCCGUAAUGGAGGGACAUGCGUUGAUGGGCUGGCUUGCUUCACGUGUCUUUGCCUCCCGAGCUAUUCUGGGCUAUUUUGUGAGGAGGACACGGAGGCGUGUGAAUAUGGCUGGCACAAGUUUCAGGGCCAGUGCUACAAGUAUUUCCCAAGCAGAAGAAACUGGGAUACAGCAGAGAGAGAGUGCCGCAUGCAAGGGGCUCACCUGACCAGCAUCCAUUCCCACCUGGAGCAACAAUUUAUCAACCGUCUCGGCCGGGAUUACCAGUGGAUCGGCCUGAAUGAUAAAAUGUUUGAUAGUGACUUCCACUGGACUGAUGGGAGCCGCACGCACUACGAGAACUGGAGGCCCAGCCAGCCUGACAGUUUCUUCACCUCGGGAGAGGAUUGUGUGGUGAUGAUCUGGCACGAGGACGGCCAGUGGAACGACGUUCCGUGCAACUACCACCUGACCUUUACUUGCAAGAAGGGCACAGUGGCAUGCAGCCAGCCCCCCCUGGUGGAGAACGCCCGAACCUUUGGGAGGCAACGCGAACGCUACGAGGUCAACUCGCUGGUGAGGUACCAAUGCAGCUCAGGAUACAUUCAGAGGCACCGCCCAACCAUCCGUUGUCAGGGCGACGGACAUUGGGAUGUUCCUAAAAUCGCCUGCGUGAAUCCAUCCAACUACCAAAGAAGCUUCUUUAGGACACAUCAACACACAAGGCUGUACAGCGUCAACAAUUUUAGGCAAUGGCCGGAUCAGCAGGUCUUCCCGCUCCAUCAUCAGCGUUACAGAGGACGGAGAGAUAACCCGGAGCACAAACGCAAGAGGAUGUGAUUACUCUUGGGACAAAUUUGCGUGCAAAAAAAAAAAAAAAGGAACAAGCAAAGGGGAAUACAGACAAGCUAAGAGGACCUGCAUUCAGGAUGACAAUUGAAUCUUGCCUUUUAAAGACUUUUGCUAUCGAGAGACGCGCUCACCUGUGUGAAGAAAUAGUUUUAAAUGGCUACUGGAAAUGAAAACAAAAGGACAAUUUUACAUGAAAAAAAAAAAUUGCAACCAUGUCACUCAAUUCCACCUGAACCUUUUAAACUCGCCGUAAGUGGUCCUGACGAAACUUUUGUGAAUUUAUAGCGCUUAUGAAUUUUCAACGCUGUCCUGAUCUUUUACAAAGGCUAUAAUUGGGAGUAUCACUAAUGACGAAUAGUACGUCAUAUAACUGUCGACCGCUUUGACUGUUUUCAAUUCAACCUUUUUUGAAUCGAUCCGUUAGCGCAGGUAGCUUUCAAAGAUACCGAGUAAAAGUCCAUCCUUGUUGCAUGGCUUCUCGCUGUGACACGUUUACAAACAAUAAAAUGCUGUUGAAAUGUUGCCCCUAUCUGCUGCUUCUGAGCUCCACUCUGCCUGUUACUGAGAGAAUGUAUUUUGUGAAGACUUGAACGUAACACCUGUCUAAGCAGAGACGCACAUAAUUUAUUUCCCAUCUACUUAAAGGCUUCUUCGUUACUGACCUGACAAAUCAAUGCCAGCCACAAUCACACCGAUGACCAAAAAUCUUUACGACCGGCGGUGAAUCAAAUAAUAUGGAUAAGAUGUAAUAAUUUACAAGUGGAUUUUUUCUUUUUUUUUCUGUGGAAACAUGAUUUUUUUUUUCGCCUGUGAAUGUCUUUGUGUCAUAGCCUUAAUGUGCACAUAAUAUCCUUUUUAUAUUUAUAACAUUUUCCUUCUUGUGCCACACUGUGAAUGUUUGGGAUGUUUGCAUUUUUUCUUUUUUUUUCUUAAGAAGAGGUCUGCCUGUUCACCUCUCUUUUUUUGGACUCACUAAAGAAAUAAAAAUGGAUAGAUGAAAAUCC